AUGGAAGAGUUCAAUAAAAGGGGGGGUUUUGAAGUAACACAAAGAUUAGCAAGAGCAGGCAGUCAUACUUCCAUCUAUGAUUUCAAGGCACAAGAAGAGGUGGUGUUACAAGAUCCCAGAAGUCUGGGAACAAGCAAUGACUCAGAAGUGACUAACUUUAUUCUUGUAGGUUUCAGGGUCCGCCCAGAGCUCCACAUCCUCCUCUUCUUGGUAUUUCUGCUCGUCUAUGCCAUGGGCCUUCUAGGGAAUGUUGGGAUGAUGGCCAUUAUAAAGACUGAUUCCUGGCUGAACACACCAAUGUAUUUCUUCCUAGGCAACCUCUCCUUCAUUGAUCUCUUCUACUCAUCUGUUAUUGCACCCAAGGCUAUGAUCAACUUCUGGUCUGAGAGCAAGUCCAUCUCCUUUGCAGGCUGUGUGACCCAGCUCUUCCUCUUUGCUCUCUUCAUUGUAACUGAGGGAUUUCUCCUGGCAGCCAUGGCUUAUGACCGCUUCAUUGCCAUCUGCAACCCACUCCUCUACUCUGUCCAGAUGUCAACACGUCUCUGCUCUCAGUUGGUGGCUGGUUCCUAUUUUACUGACUGUAUCAGCUCCAUUAUUCAUACCAACAAGACAUUUACUUUAUUCUUCCAUGCUUUUUGGGCCAUGGACCACUUUUACUGUAAUGACCAUCCACUUCAGAGAGUUUCUUGUUCUGAUCUCUACAUUCAUAAGAUGGUUUCUUUUUUCUUAUGCAGCAUUAUUGUUUUGCCUACCAUAAUUGUCAUUAUUGUGUCCUAUAUGUAUAUUGUGUCCACAGUUCUAAAAACUUGCUCCACUGAGGGAAGUAAGAAAGCCUUCUCCACUUGCAGCUCUCACGUAGGAGUUGUGAGUGUGCUGUGUGGUGCUGUCUUUUUUAUGUAUCUCGCUCCUGACAGAUUUUAUGAGCUGAAUAAAGUGUCCUCCUUAUGUUACACGUUAGUUACUCCCAUGUUGAAUCUUUUGAUUUACUCUCUGAGAACCAAAGAUGUCAAAGAAGCUCUGAGAAACAUACUGGAGAAAAAAAUUAUUUAA